AUGUUCCGGAACGCCCUCCGACAGUCCACACGCGCCGUGGGCGCCGUCUCUGCGGCCGGCAGGGUUGCCGCGGUCCGAAAUGCCGCACCCGCCGCCAUGAACAUCCAGGCCCGAACCUACGCCACCGAGACCAAGGCCUCGCCGACCGAGGUCUCUUCCAUUCUCGAGCAGCGAAUUCGAGGUGUCCAGGAGGAGUCCGGUCUUGCUGAGACUGGCCGCGUCCUUUCCGUCGGUGAUGGUAUCGCCCGUGUUCACGGUCUGGCCAAUGUCCAGGCUGAGGAGCUGGUCGAGUUCGCCUCCGGUGUCAAGGGAAUGUGCAUGAACCUUGAGGCUGGCCAGGUCGGUGUUGUGUUGUUCGGUUCCGAUCGUCUGGUCAAGGAGGGCGAGACCGUCAAGCGUACCGGCGAGAUUGUCGAUGUCCCUGUUGGCCCCGAGAUGUUGGGUCGUGUUGUCGAUGCUCUGGGUAACCCCAUCGACGGCAAGGGCCCCAUCAACUGCAAGGAGAAGCGCCGUGCCCAGCUCAAGGCCCCCGGCAUUCUGCCUCGCAAGUCUGUCAACCAGCCCGUGCAGACCGGCUUCAAGUCGGUCGAUGCCAUGGUUCCCAUUGGCCGAGGCCAGCGUGAGUUGAUCAUUGGCGAUCGUCAGACCGGCAAGACUGCCGUCGCCCUCGACACCAUCCUCAACCAGAAGCGAUGGAACAACGGCAGCGACGAGGACAAGAAGCUCUACUGCGUCUACGUCGCCGUCGGCCAGAAGCGAUCCACCGUUGCCCAGCUCGUCAAGACGCUCGAGGAGAACGACGCCAUGAAGUACUCCAUCGUCGUCGCCGCCACUGCCUCCGAGGCCGCCCCUCUGCAGUACAUUGCUCCCUUCACCGGUGCCUCCAUCGGUGAGUGGUUCCGCGACAACGGCCGCCACUCCCUCAUCAUCUACGACGAUCUUUCCAAGCAGGCCGUCGCCUAUCGUCAGAUGUCCCUCCUUCUCCGUCGCCCCCCCGGUCGUGAGGCCUACCCCGGUGACGUCUUCUACCUGCACUCUCGCCUGCUCGAGCGUGCUGCCAAGCUCAACAAUGACCACGGCGGCGGUUCCAUGACCGCCCUGCCUAUCAUCGAGACCCAGGGCGGUGACGUUUCUGCUUACAUUCCCACCAACGUCAUUUCCAUCACCGACGGCCAGAUCUUCCUCGAGUCCGAGCUGUUCUACAAGGGUGUCCGACCUGCCAUCAACGUCGGUCUGUCUGUCUCUCGUGUCGGUUCCGCCGCUCAGCUCAAGGCCAUGAAGCAAGUCGCCGGCUCCCUCAAGCUUUUCUUGGCCCAGUACCGUGAAGUUGCCGCCUUUGCUCAGUUCGGUUCCGAUCUGGAUGCCUCCACCAAGCAGACCCUUGCUCGUGGUGAGCGCUUGACCGAGCUCCUCAAGCAGAAGCAGUACUCCCCCAUGGCCGUCAACGAGAUGGUUCCCCUCAUCUUCGCUGGUGUCAACGGUUACCUCGACACCGUCCCCGUGGGCAAGAUCCUGCAGUGGGAGUCUGACUAUCUUGCCCACCUCAAGGCCAACGAGUCCGACCUCCUGAGCGUCAUCGAGAAGGAGGGCGCUCUCAGCAAGGAGACUGAAGGUCGCCUGAAGGAGGUCACCCAGUCCUUCAUCAAGAGCUUCUUGGGCUAA